AUAAGAACCCUAGUUCCUUCUCUCUGGUGUUAGGGUUUCAGAAGCCACCAACCAGCACGAGAGGGCAAUGGCUCCUAAACAGCCUAGUACGGGUCUGUUUGUUGGAUUGAACAAAGGUCACGUUGUCACCAAGAAGGAAUUGCCUCCACGCCCCUCAGAUCGUAAGGGGAAAACAAGCAAGAGGGUGCACUUUGUGAGGAACCUCAUACGAGAAGUUGCUGGUUUCGCACCAUAUGAAAAACGUAUAACUGAGUUACUGAAGGUUGGAAAAGAUAAGAGGGCUCUCAAGGUUGCAAAGAGAAAGCUCGGAACGCAUAAACGUGCAAAGAAGAAGCGUGAGGAGAUGUCCAAUGUUCUCAGGAAGAUGAGGGCUGGUGGAGCUGGAGACAAGAAGAAAUAAAUCAUAUUUACUUUGUUCUAGUUUCACUAGAUGGAUCUAUGUUUUUGAUGGACUAGCUGUCUUAUUUUUGUUUUGGUUCAAGGUUCAAUUAGUUUAGCUCCAAGAUUUACUUUUGAGAAAUAUGUUUUACUUAACUAAGACAUGAUGAUGUAUGGAAAUUUUUCAAUCGACCUGUUUUCUGUUUUAUCAGAAAUUUGAGUUAUCCU